AUGAGGUCACGCAGUAACAAGCGGUCGUCGUCAUCAUCAAAUUCUUAUGCCUCAACUGUUACGAUUACGGUGUUCAUAGCAGUAUGUGUUUUUGCUGUAUGGAUGCUCAACUACUCUAAUACAGGAGUUCCACCACAAACCACCAACAGAAGUACUCGAACCGCCACGACAGCCUCCACAGAUGACACAACCAACACCGCAUUGAACAUGGCUUCCUCCGAAGAUGAUCAGGCCCAGGUGAUCACCAAAAGCACCAGCAAUGACAAUAGUAAUAACAAUAGUGAAAACCCUAAGGCCUUUGAAGACAACCCCGGUGAUCUCCCAGACGACGCCAUCAAAUCUGAUGAUCUACCCAACAACUCAUCAAAGGGCAGUAGCACACAAGAUCAAAAUAGUAGUGGAGGUGGUGAUAAUAAACAAGAUCAAGUUAGCGAAGAGUUGCAGGAUCAAAAGGAGAAAGAAAUUAGCCAGAGCCAAUUGUCUGAGGACCAGACCAGCUCAGUGGCUGAACAUAGCCAACAACAAGCUGACCAUGAUGAACAGAGCGUCAGCAGCCAGAAGGGUUCUGAUGAUCAAUCCGAUCACAACAGCCAGAAGGGUUCUGAAGAUCAAUCUGAUCAGAACAACCAGAAAAUGUUUACAAGCAAUGGAGAAGGCAGUAGUUCUGGAAAUGAUCAAAUGAUUAAUUCGGAGAGCAAGUCUCAAGAUCAGCAAGAAACAAAUAAUAACAAUUCUGAAAGCAGAGAAAGAAGUUCUCAAGAUUUUCAGAAUGACAAAAAAUCAGAUACUGCAGAUCAGCAACAAGGUACAGCACAACAAGGUCAGCAACAACAAGAGUCCCAAAACCAAUCAUCAGAUAAACAGCAAGGAAGUUCAUCACAAGAAUCUCAAAAUGAGACUUCAGAGAGUGAUCAACAACAGCAAGCAAAAGAACAACAGAAACAACAGCAAAAGCAAGAGCAACAAAAUUCAGAAUCCAACAUGACCAAAAUCGGUGAAGUGCAAUUUUCAGACGUGACGAACCAUGCAAUGACGACGACCCUGUUAGUACAAAACAAGGCAUCUGAUGGUCAGAACUUUUCUCAAACACCUUCUGAUCAAAAUAAACAGAGCCCAGAAAAAACCCAACAAGACACUGACUCUCAGCAAAAGCAGGCCGGCAAUGCAGCUGAUCAAAGCAAGCAGGGAGCUACUGAGUCCAACUCGGGCGAUUCGUUACUGGGCGGGGACAACUCAGGCAUUCCCAAGGAGUCGAAGGAGUCAAAGAAGUCGUGGUCCACGCAAGCAGACCAGUCGGAGAACCAGAAGGAGAGGCGCAAGGACGAAACCGACGGUCAGGAUGGCAUCUACGGUUACACGUGGCAGAAUUGCAACGUCACUGCGGGUCCCGAUUAUAUUCCUUGUUUGGAUAACGAGAAAGCUUUGAAACAAUUGCGUACGACCAAACACUUCGAGCACCGCGAGAGGCAUUGCCCUCAGGAGGGGCCCACUUGCCUGGUCCCACUCCCCGAAGGCUACAAGAGACCUAUUGAGUGGCCGAAAAGCAGAGACAAGAUAUGGUAUCAUAAUGUACCACACACAUUGCUGGCGGAGGUGAAGGGCCACCAGAACUGGGUUAAGGUGUCCGGUGAAUUGUUGACUUUUCCUGGUGGUGGGACCCAGUUCAUACAUGGCGCCCUCGUGUACAUUGACUUCCUUCAGAACGCAGUACCGCGCAUCGCAUGGGGAAAGAACACUCGAGUAAUAUUGGACGUCGGGUGUGGGGUUGCUAGCUUUGGGGGUUAUCUUUUCGACAGAGACGUUCUAACAAUGUCAAUUGCACCCAAAGAUGAGCAUGAGGCUCAAGUUCAGUUUGCCCUUGAAAGGGGCAUACCUGCAAUCUCUGCCGUCAUGGGUUCCCAGAGGCUUCCCUUCCCCAGCAGGGUCUUCGAUGUCGUUCAUUGCGCCCGUUGCAGGGUCCCUUGGCACAACGAAGGUGGUAUGCUACUUUUGGAAUUGAAUCGGGUUUUACGGCCUGGGGGUUACUUUGUGUGGUCAGCCACUCCUGUUUACCGCAAGGAGAAAGAAGAUGUAGAAAUUUGGAAGGAAAUGUCUGCGCUGACGGCGUCCAUGUGUUGGGAGGUUGUUGCCAUCAAGAAUGAUAAGGUAAAUUUGGUUGCGGCUGCCAUCUACCGCAAACCCACCUCAAAUCAGUGCUAUGAGCAAAGAAAGCAAAAGCAGCCUCCUAUGUGCAACAACGAUGAUGACCCCAAUGCUGCCUGGUACGUACCUCUGCAGGCAUGCAUGCACCAGGCACCGAUUGACAAAUCGGUGAGAGGGACUCAAUGGCCUGAGAAAUGGCCGAGUCGACUGCAGACUCCUCCUUACUGGUUAAACAGCUCCCAGAUGGGCAUCUAUGGGAAGCCAGCACCCCAAGAUUUUGCAAGAGAUUAUGAACACUGGAAAAGAGUCAUCAAUAACACUUACAUCAAAAGUUUGGGCAUUAAUUGGUCCAAUGUCAGAAAUGUCAUGGACAUGAGAGCUGUUUACGGAGGGUUUGCUGCAGCUUUGAAGGACCUUAAAGUGUGGGUCAUGAAUGUGGUGAAUAUAGAUUCACCAGAUACACUUCCCAUAAUCUAUGAACGCGGUCUUUUUGGAAUAUACCAUGACUGGUGUGAAUCCUUUAGCACUUAUCCCAGAACCUAUGACCUACUCCAUGCAGACCAUCUAUUUUCAAGGCUUAAAAAGAGAUGCAAACUUCCUCCGGUACUGGCAGAGAUUGAUAGGAUUGUCAGGCCUGGAGGUAAAUUCAUAGUCCGUGAUGAGUCCAGCACAAUCGGGGAGGUUGAGAACUUGUUGAAGUCCUUGCAUUGGGAGGUUAGUCUAACCGUCUCCAAAAACCAAGAAGGGAUGCUCAGUGCACAGAAAGGCAAAUGGCGGCCAAACACAUAUGCAGAUAGAAAUUCUUCUUAACAUUCAAAGAAACAGAGCAUUCGGCUCAUAUAUGGUGCUCUCAGACUGUUUGUAGGCCGGAACUGUUGAUGUGGUAACAAAUUUCUAGCAUUAAGGUCGUUUUGGAUGCAAACUAAUUUCGCUACAUGAACUGAACAAGAAAGAGAUGUAUUUGUUCAUGUUGUUAAUUGCAUGUAACCCUGUGAGAUACAUAUGUAAUCGUUGAAAACAUAAAUGCAAGAAACCAUACAUUACAUUCGUUUGGAAAA